GCCGAGCACUGUCGCUGUUAUCGUGUGUCGUUGCUGUUGCUGUUUGCUGAUGUCGUUGCCGCUGUUGUAGUCGGAGUCGCUAUCCUCACUGCUGUCGGCACCGUCAGUCGUCGUCGUUGUCGUUGCCGUUGUCGUCGUAGCAGCUCCUGUCGCCGCCGCAGCUGCCAAGUGUUGUGUUAUUUUUGAAAGCUAUUCGCGUUAGUUACAUCCUUCAGUUACGUUCUGAGCGCUUCAGUCUUUAGUUCGCGGUUGCCAAAAUAUUUUGUGAAUGGAUUCGCCAUGAGACCGCAUGAAUGAAUCAAAAUUCAACAAAAGCCGCGUCAAAAGAAUUUGUAAUAAUAUUGAAAUUAAACUUCUGUGAAACGUGAUAAAUAAAUUUCAAUUUCAAAAAUACAUACAAUAUUUUCAAAAUCAUUGAGAUAACACCAUAGCACAACAUGUUAAAAAAAAUAUAAAAUAAUGUUUUCGAUUCGAUUAAAUUCAGUUGAAAAGAGCAAAGUAAAUUUGAAAUAUUUUUUUUAUUGGGAAAGUUUUAACAAAACGUUAGGGAAAGUAGCUUAAAUAAAAGGAAUAUUUCGGAAUUGUUAACAGAUUUAAUUAAUUACAAUUGCAGAAAAGGAAAUAUUAUAUUGCAAAAUAAAAUGUCUAUGUGCGAUAAAAACUGUUAAUAUUCAAAUAAAAGUCGGUAAUUAAGGAAAUGUGGCAGAGCCCAGGCGAAGGAUACUUCAUUUGAUGUUCACUCGGUGUGAAGUGUGAACAUACUCCGGUUGCCUCUUCGCAAAAGGGGUUGCUCCGUUAAGUGAUUAAUCAUGCUCAUAUAUUUUCCAAGUGAAAUUCAAUUUCGACCGCAAACGGAGUAGCAAGUGACACCACAGCAUACGGCUGAAACGACAGGAUACCCAGGCACAAUAUAUAUGAAAAAUUACCGAAAAAUAACAACAGCAACAAGAAUACAUGAAAUACAUGCAAUAACAACUAUACCAAAAACAACAACAGAAAAAGGAGAAAAGGUAGCAGGCAGUGAAACGAGAAAUUGCAUUCAACAAGGAUAACGACGAAAAGGAAAGAGUUGCUCUCUAUGGGAAGGAGAACCCAGAAAAAAAGGAUUUGCAGUGGAUGCCAACAAACGCAACUAACCAAGCAACUGGAAGUUAAAGAUGCAUCCCAUUAAUUCACUUGCCUGCCGCAGAAGUCAAAGAUUUCAACUGGAAUCGGAGCUGCAUUAGUCGAGUGGAGCAGCAAUGGAGGAGAUGGAGGAGAACGAUGAGCCCAGACAGUUGGUGGCACCGGAAACGGAUUCAGCCCCGUCAGACAUUGUGGAACCGGUUCUGGCGCUUCUACGCUCGGAUGUCCUCAAUCAGACGCGUCCGCCGCUCUUCUACAACAGCUACAACAUCUCCGAGGAUGUGUAUUACUAUUUCAAUGGCUUCAAUGCAGCGCCCACGGGUACAGAGCUGGCCCUCAAUCUCAACACGACCACGGGCAGUGGUGGGCCCAGCAGCACCACACGCGAGCCCGAUCUAUCCGAGUUCCUGGAGGCGUUGCCCAACGAUCGCGUUGGCCUGCUCGCCUUUCUCUUUCUUUUCUCGUUCGCCACAGUCUUUGGCAACUCGCUGGUCAUACUGGCGGUCAUCAGGGAGCGUUAUUUGCACACGGCCACCAACUAUUUCAUCACUAGCCUGGCGGUCGCCGAUUGUCUGGUGGGUCUCGUGGUGAUGCCCUUCUCGGCGCUCUACGAGGUGCUGGAGAACACGUGGUUCUUUGGAACGGACUGGUGCGACAUUUGGCGCUCGUUGGAUGUGCUCUUUAGCACCGCCUCCAUACUGAAUCUGUGCGUCAUCUCACUGGAUCGCUACUGGGCCAUCACGGAUCCAUUCAGCUAUCCAAUGCGCAUGACUGUGAAGCGUGCCGCUGGCCUAAUUGCGGCCGUUUGGAUCUGUUCGAGUGCCAUCAGCUUUCCGGCGAUUGUUUGGUGGCGGGCAGCACGCGAUGGCGAGAUGCCCGCCUAUAAGUGCACAUUUACCGAACAUCUCGGUUAUCUGGUGUUCUCCUCAACCAUAUCGUUCUAUCUGCCAUUGCUUGUCAUGGUCUUUACCUAUUGCCGCAUCUAUCGGGCGGCGGUUAUUCAGACGCGCUCCCUCAAAAUCGGCACCAAGCAGGUGCUGAUGGCAUCCGGGGAGUUGCAGCUGACGUUGCGUAUACAUCGCGGUGGCACCACACGUGAUCCUGCCGUCAAUACUAAUCAAGUCUCGGGCGGCGGAGGAGGCGGUGGUGGAGGCGGUGGCGGUGGUUCGUUGAGUCACUCGCAUUCGCAUUCACAUCAUCAUCAUCACAAUCACAGUGGCGGCACAACGACUUCGACGCCCGAAGAGCCGGACGAUGAGCCACUAUCGGCACUGCACAAUAAUGGUCUGGCCCGACAUCGACACAUGGGCAAGAACUUUUCGUUGUCGCGCAAGCUGGCGAAGUUCGCCAAGGAGAAGAAGGCUGCCAAGACGCUGGGAAUUGUGAUGGGCGUAUUCAUUGUGUGCUGGUUGCCGUUCUUUGUGGUCAAUUUGUUGUCGGGCUUCUGCAUCGAGUGCAUUGAACAUGAGGAGAUUGUGUCGGCGAUUGUCACAUGGCUCGGCUGGAUCAAUUCCUGCAUGAAUCCUGUGAUCUAUGCCUGCUGGAGCAGGGACUUUCGCAGGGCUUUUGUGCGUUUGCUGUGCAUGUGCUGUCCGCGGAAGAUACGACGCAAGUAUCAGCCCACAAUGCGCUCCAAGUCACAGUGUCAUGUUGCCGCCGCCAUGGUGGCUGCUUCUACAUCCUUUGGCUACCACUCCGUCAAUCAGCUGGAUCGCAAUCUCAUGUGACGGCAGCCAAGCAGCUGCAGCACCUGCAGCGGCAGCAGCAAUUGCGGUGGCGGCGGAGGUGGAGCUGGCGGCGCUCGCAACUCCCAUCAAUAUCACUCAUCAGCGGGGGGAACGCCGUCCUCCUCGCAGCGCUCCUGCACGCGCUGCCAGAGCUUUCAUCGGCAUCAUCAUCGGGCCAGGCGUCGCAGCAGCGGCAUGCAACUUCGCGGCGACUACAACUCGACGUCGGCGGUGAAUUGUGCGGCCAAGACGAUUGUCACAAUCACGGCGCCACCAGCGGCAGCUGCUUCGGCCAGUGCGCUGCACUUGGGCAGCAGUGGGCGACCCUCAUCGGUGUCCACACUCACACUGGCAUCGGUGCCGCAGUCCAUGUUGUUGGAGGCGACUCGAAGCGCGUCCGUGAGUGCUGCGAAUACGCCACUUGCACCGGCCGCGAAGCACACGAGCUUUGCAUUGACGCCCAGUGCAAUGGGACCAUCGAGCUCAUCGGGAUCGGGUCAUCAUGUGUCGUUUAUGCCUUUGCCCAUUCCACUGCCCAUGAUGGGAAUCAAGCAGCGUUUGCGUGACUCCAAUUCGUCGCUUAGUUCGCCCACUGCGACGACAACGACCGCAACGGGAGCAGCAGCCACAAUCUCAGCACCUUCGCUCAUCGAAGUCGCUGAGGAAGUCGCUGCAGCGCAUCAACAUGCGGCGCUGGAGUUGCGUCAGAGUGUGCAGAGUCAAAUCACAACGCUGGAGGAUGUGGACGAUGUGCAGCGCAGCGAUGACAAUGAUGAUGAUGACGACAGUGGGAGCGAGAGCGAGAGUGUGGGCAUGGCCUUGGUGCAGACGACGCCACAGCUGGAGUGCCGCCGCACGGAGAUGGCAUCGAGUUCCUCUAGCGGUUCGGUUAAGUAAACUCGCCCCGCCCCCGAUUAGCACUCAAGAACAGACACAACACAACCCACUCAUUAGUGAUAAGAUAUUGAUAGUGAUAUGACUUGGUACUUGGUUCUUGGUUUAUCGAUUAUCCUGAUUUGGCUUAGCAUAGCAUAAUUAUUGAUAGUUACAAUUAGACGUCAUAUCUUAGCUCUUCCAUAAAUAGAUUUUAACCCUUAAGUUCGAGUUCUUGUAAAUAUAAAUGGCCACAAGUUUAAAUUGAUUUACGAAUUGAAAGCUACGUCUUCAACCUGUCCACGUACCUGACUCUCUAACUCUAACUCUAUCUCAAACUCAAACUAAUCUCUCUCCGUUGUUAGUCGCUUCUUCCUUUUCUCUGUACAAUAUUACGGGUGCAAAAAAAAAGAAUUUAAAACCUAUCUCAGCCUCAAGAAAAUACAAAAGUACGUAUACUUAAUCAAUCAAAUGGAAUAACGGCUUCAAAUAAUCAUUCCCAGUUGCCCUUAUGGCAAGCUGAAUACCAACUGAUCCACCUUACAAUGUUUGUCUUACAUGUUUCGGUUCUCAGUGUAAACAAUCAGACUUGUUCCGCAUUUCACUUUCACUUGAAGUGCAAAGCCUCAAAGCAAGUAAUUUAAAUUGCCACAUUUUGAAGUGAAAUCCCUUUGUAAAACGUGAAAAGCGGAACAGAACAGAAUAAAGUAUAUAUACGAAUAAGCGUAGUAAAAUCCAAUAGAUAUAUAGUCUAUGUUUGUUUAUCGAGUUGUUUUGCGUUGGGUUAACAAGAGCGACAAAUUGUAAAUGUUAAAUGCACAAAAAAAGUUAAGCGAACUCCUUUAACACUAUUAACGAGUUCAGCUGGUCAACAAAGCGGCUUAAAGGCUUAAGUACUUAAUUGAGAACAAACUGUGUUUGCAGUUUAGUUUAGUACAUAAACUACAUAUAUAAGUUACUUUAUAUUUUUACAAUAUAGUACGUAAAACAAAAAAAAAAAAAACUAAAAAAAAAUAAAAUAAAUACAUGUUUUCAGUUGGGGUUUUUCAAACAUUUUGCUUUAGCAGUUAUCCAGACAGCGUAAAUUUUUCUAAACUGGUUGCCCAGGCAAACUAAAUAUUCACUGAAUACAACACCAAUAGAUAAUGAAUACGACGAGUACUUCAAAGCAUUCAUUGUUGCAAGUGCUCAUAGAAAAAAAAAAACAAAAUACUUACAUGUUAUAUACAUAACAUACAUACAUAUAUUAUUAUACUUCGAGUGAAAAAGUGAAAAUAACAAUGACGAAGCCAGCAGAUGGGAAAAGGAAAUCACAGAGCAAUAAAUGAAACGUUGCUCAUUGUUUAAAAAACAAACAGAUCUGAAAUGAAUUGAAGUGAAAUGAUAUGAAUGAGAAAAGCAAAGCGAAAUGAGCAAAAUUAUAACAAAUGGCAAUUAUUAAUAUUCAAUAUGGAUAGCAUAAGUCUAAGCUCAUAGCUCAUAGCUCAUCUGUCUGUAUGUGUGUAUGUGUGUGAGUGCGUUCACAUAAAUAAGUCUAGAUCUAAGUAUGUGUAUAUGUAUGUGUACAAUGUAUUUAGCCACUUAAGUGGGAAGAGAGAGAGAGAAAGAGAAAUCAAGCAAUGUCGGCCCAUUCUAAUCAAUGGGCAACAGCAGCAUGAAUUUAUAAUAUAAUCAUAGGCAAGGUAAUUAUUUAGGAUGAGUUGAAGGAUCUACUCAACCCAAUCAAACAAUCGGAACAAUUGACAAACCAUUAUGAUUAAGCGUUGUAAUUGGCAAAACACAGAUUUGUAUUCCAUAUAGAUACGAGUAUAUGUAACUACGACUACGAUAUGUAUAUGUAUAUGUAUAUGUAUUUAUGUGCAUUAAGAUUAAAACAUACUGAAACAGUAACUGGCGUUGACCUAACAUUAUUUAAAUUUCAGCUUGGCUAACUUCUCAAGCAUCUCUGGGCGUCGAUGGUGGUUUUACAGUUUGUU